AUGGGCAGUAGUCUAACGUGCUGCUGUCGGUUAUAUCUGAAACCCAGUCGGGAGGAGAAGAGCGCCAUUUUAAGCAUGCAGACCACCACCACAGUCCCUCGACCUCCGGAACUCCAGUCCAGUGACUCCACUGACAGUGAUACAGAAGAGGACAGCAUCUUUGGGCCUCAGUCUUCCAGGAGGAACCCUUGGAAGCAGAAGCAGGCGGGCCAUAGGAGCUCUGUUGAGGUGUGGUCUAUUCAUAAAACACGGAGUGGAGCAUCCAAAAGGAGGUCCUCUGACAGAGAGCUGCAGGCUUUUAUCAGCAUGAGGGACCAGGCUGAUAAAGCUACUGAGCAAUGGCACAAGCUGAAUUUUGACAUCCACACACUGCGGUACGCAAAGAGAGAGGUCAGAGCUCGGUGGAGAAAAAUAUUGUUCCAACUUGGUUAUCAGUGCGAGGUGGAGGCACUGUUGAAUGUGAAUAAGCAGAGUCGUUUCAGCAGAGACCAGGAGCACCGGUCUAGAGCCAUAGAGCUGCUCAAAUACCUGCUGGAGCACACCUGUCUGUUCCCCAAAGGCACCAGACACCACAGUCGAUACCUCUAUGUCAUGGAUCGCCUGGUGACACUGGACAGUGCUGAAGACUUUGUAAGGUUGGCCAAGAAAAAUAUCCAAAGAAGGAUGGGUGAAAGUGACUGGAGGUCCAGAGUCUCUGAGAACCCCCUGGUGACUGUCAAGGACGGGCUGAACACUUUAACAGACAAAUUGGCUAAGAUCUGUUCUACUUCAGGGCUUAAUUGGCUCCACGCCCUACCCCUGGCUCUUCUGGCAGUGUCGGAAGAACGGCUGGAGGUGUCCACCAAGGAGGCUGCUCUGCCUCCACCCUCUGAGGUCUAUCUGAAAGUUCUGUCUCAUAAGUGGUCUGAACCAUGCUGGACUGGCCCAUACAGAGUGACUGCUCACACCGACAGGGCUGUCCGGUGUAUUUUGUUUGCUCCGGUGACGUUCGACGGUUUUAAACUCCAGUGGGGAGAGCUUCCAGAAGACUGGUGUGAACACGUGGUGCAGCUGCCAAAUCCAGUGCCCUACACCAGAAUACGGGGAGAUCUAUAUUGGCUGUGCGGAGACAUGCAAUUGAGGUCAUUAGCACUGCAGUUCAGUCCGGACCAGAAGGGGACAGUAUCCUCUGCUGAGAAGGAGGGAUGA